AGGAACUAAUAACCGGGACGUGUGAGUCCCGAAGAACCGAUUAAAAAUUCGUGCAACCCAGAUGAGCUCACGAGACCAGCACCGCCAGAGGCGCUAGUGUAUUUUACUCAUAUUAUGGUAAAUUUAUUUGAAAGUGUUUUGUGAAGUGUAGACUUUAUUCCUGUCAGUUUUUGUUUAUGUUUACGUUUUCUACCAUCAGUCUUUGUUUUUCUCAACGAUGGAACCGGAGGCCGAAGCUACGAGAUUCGGAGUCAAAUUUAUGACUAGCUUUGAAGGUGAGAUUUUGGCGAGAUGGACCAUGAUUGGUCCCAGCCGUCUGUCAACAGACAUCUCAAAGAAAAAAAAGCUAAGGCACACAGCAUGGAAAUUCAACAAAAUCAACUGAACCGCGAAUGCAGCCUGUUUACCAAGGUUUUGUUGUCGAGAUGAAGGAAUGCUGUACAGUAUGUGAACGUCCGGAGGUAGAACAACGGGGAACAUUUCAAACUUGCGAGCGCUUCGUGAGCGAACGAUCAAUAGUGUUAAGCACCGUAUGUUGGUUGGUAUUCAGACAAGCGCAUAUUCAGCAGUCGAUUGGCGAAGAUAGAUUUGCGUUGAGAAAAUUUUAUCGUCGCUUCGAUGAGUUUCGAAACCUCCGAAUGUGGAAAAUGGAAUUACUGGAUGAUGAUCAUCUGUUGAUCAAAUAUUCUAGCGAGGACGAAGUUAGGCUGGAGAUUCAAGAACCAAAUAUUCGCAACAGCCCGUUUGUGAUCUACAACAUCUGGAAGAAUACGAUAAUAGGAAUUUACGGCAAUCAAUACCCGGAGCUUUUGUAUCUGUAUGAGAACUUCUGUGACAGUUCCAGGAAUGCCGACCUGGCACAUCAAACGCAAUUUAUCAGCUCGUUAGCGAACAACAUCUACAGCAAUCUGCUUCAUCAGCGUUUUAAGCAAACGAUAAUCGGGGCACGUGGCGGAGGAGUUCAAAUGGCCACCAAACGGAUCCUGGCCACCCUGCCAAUUAGUGCACAAAGCUACAGCAGCUCUCCAUACCUGCACCUUAUUUUGUUCAGCUUCGACGACAAAUGGGUUUCGGCAAUGGAGCGACCUAAAGCGUGCGCCGAGUUUCCCAUACGAUUCUUUGCCAGAGACUCUGGUUUGCUCAAGUUCCGAAUCUACGCUGGAGUUCAAAUUCAACUGCCGAGCUCUGGAUCGCGACGGCUGGUGGCGUUCGCGUUCCACCUCACGGAGCCGUUUGCAAUCAGCCUGCAGCGGAUCAAUACGGAAUACAUUGCCAACUUCCACAUACCACAUCCGGGGGCACGGAUGAUAAGGUGAUGAUAGAAUUUUAUCGGUAGAGAGUUAUUUGUUGACUGAUUGUAUUUAGUAUUAAAUAUGGUGAUAAGAAUUUUUUAUACUUACCAAUAAUGAGAGACAAGAGUAUAAA